GCUUCCGGGGCCACAGCCGAAGAGAGGCGCUUGGCUGGUCGGCCUGGCUGCUUUCGGUAUCGCACUUCGCAAGCCACACUCCUUAAUAGUCAGCUACCUUCGUUUCACUGUCGGUAUCAGUCUUCGGCAACCAUGCUGGAACACCUGAGCUCGCUGCCCACCCAGAUGGAUUACAAGGGGCAGAAGCUAGCUGAACAGAUGUUUCAGGGAAUUAUUCUUUUUUCUGCAAUAGUUGGAUUUAUCUACGGGUAUGUGGCUGAACAGUUCGGGUGGACCGUCUACAUAGUUAUGGCUGGGUUUGCUUUCUCGUGUUUGCUGACACUUCCUCCGUGGCCCAUCUACCGCCGCCAUCCCCUGAAGUGGUUACCUGUUCAAGACUCAGGCACAGAAGACAAGAAAUCAGGGGACAGAAAAAUUAAGAGGCAUGCUAAAAAUAACUGAUUGGGACUUUCACGAUUCAGCACCUGCUUUUUGUUUCCUGUAAGAUGGCUGGAUUGCUUUCAUAACCAAAACAGCUUAAACCACCUAUGUUCUUACAGCACAGCUGUGUGGAGAUGUAGUUGUCCUGGCUUCCUUUCUAACCGGCAUUAUUUUAAGUCAUAACUAUUUUAUACUGUUCUUCGUAAGCUUGUUUUGGAGAACCGGACAUACAGGUAUAUGUCGCUUCUUUCAUGUGUGCAGUGAAUAAACACCUCAUAACUCCUA